AUGUGGGAGCAAACGUCAUGGGGCUCGUUGUCCGAGGCAGGCGAGUGGAGUGGCAUGACAGGUGACCUGACCCGUGGAGUGGCCGAUGCUGCUGUCGCUAGCUUCACGCAGACCACCAUUCGCAAUCAGCAUGUGGACUUCACCAUGCCACUCAUCCGUACCAGUCUCUCUCCCUCUCAACAAUACGUCAAGACAGCAAGGUCAACAAAGGGCAAACCGAAGCUACCAUCACUUGCUUCACAUAUUUACCAUGCAUCACCACAGUGCAGACUCGCCAACGCCGCUUACCUGCAUCAGAAUCCUGAGGGGAUGAGAAGGACUCACGAGCACGUGCUGGCAGGGACAGCAGCUGCGACUGCAGGGGCGUGCGAGCGUUGUGUGGUGGUGGCAUCGCUGGCCGGCGUGAUGACGGUGCAGGCCGCUUUCGGGGCUGCGCUGGUGGCACGGCUCGCGGUCAAAACGCCCGUACUGCCCUUCUCCGGGCUCCAGGGCUUUCUCACCGACCGCACCUACCAGCUGGCCGUCGUCGCCGAUUCGGCAGAGCUCACCAACUUCGAGUAUGCUGCGGAUAACGUGAGAAGAGCGUUAUAUCUCCAGCUGAUAGCACCGAACAAGGAUAUUUUACCACAUGGCAAUAUCGAAGGGCUCCAGAGAGUCUGCAGCAAUGCCAAGUAUGCCUUCAUAGCCAAGCAUGAGACAAGCAUGCUAUAUUCAAAAAGCCUGUCUUGCGCUCUUUCGGAAAUUCCUGAGGCAUCGACGCCUUGUUAUUUGGGAAUAGGUCUUCAGAAGGGCAGCCCAUACCGCAAAAUCAUCAACGAUAAGUAA